AUGUCUUCAGCUUCAGCCUCAAACAUGGCAUUCGUCGAGGAAGUUGUGCGAGGAGGAUAUAGCAAGAUAUACGAAGGGCAUACAGUCUUCCUCACUGGAGGCACCGGAUGUCUGGGAGGCUGCCUCCUCUACAAGCUCGCGUUGCAGCUCCCUACGCGCAAGAUAUAUGUCCUAGUCCGCGGCAGCGCUCAGAGAGCCCUCGAAAAAUUGCAACAGACCAUGCCGAAUCACGCGCAAGCCAUUGUCUCUUCUGGGAAAGUUGACUUCGUCGUUGGAGAUAUCAGACAGGCCAACUUUGGAAUUGACUCUUUCAUCCUUCAACAACUCCAAGAGCAUGUGACGCUGGCCAUCCACACGGCGGCCAAGAUCAAGCUCGAAGGCCCCGUCCGCGAUGCAGUCGAGAUUAAUUGCCUUCCUGCGUUGGAGAUGGCCCGGAUUGCCUCGCAAUUCCGCCGACUCAAGCUACUCGUUCAGAUUUCGACUUCGUACACCAACAGUCAUCUUCCCGAUGGCCCUGUGUUAGAGCGCAUAUAUCAAUUGGAAAGCGAAGAAAGCCCAGAAGGGGAGCUGGCGUCUAUGCUGACACUAGACGAGUCGCCGCACCGAGCCAAGUUCUCAUCCAGCUAUACCCAAGCAAAGCAUUUGAUGGAACGUCUGCUACUUUCUCGCUUCCCGCUUCUUCCGAUUUUACUGUUACGCCCAACAAUAUUCGGCCCUGCAUUCCGACAUCCCUAUCCACUAUAUGGAUCAGAAGACUCCACGCCGCUCACCAAAUUCACUCAAGUCUGGUUCUCUGACCGAGGGGCCACGCAGGUCUGGCAUGCAACCGAGGGCCAUACAACCGGUAACAACAUCAUUGACGAGAUUCCGGUAGACUUUGUAGCAAAUGCGUGUUUACUACACGCAGCGGCCCGCACAACAGGAAUCGUCCAGGUAGGGUCCCAGCUCUACCACCCAAUCACAUUCGACGAAGUCUUCCGGUUGGGCUUGGAGAAUGCCGCACCGGAAGUGCAACGAGAUUUCCCAAAGAUUGUCUUCACGACGGACCGCAGCACCCCUCAGUGCUUCCUUGCCGAGUUGAUUCAAGUAGGAACGCGAAAUUGGUUGUUUGAUUGUGGACGGUCUUACUGGCUCAAACAGGUGGGUGGACCGUUGAGCAUACAGGUUUGCAAGCAUGAGGCGGAUAGUUGGAAUUUAGUGCGGACCCAUGGCGUCCUUGGAACUGUAAAGGAGAGAGCUCGAAUUUGA